CCUCGCAGAAAUGCCAGUGCGUGCCGUGACUUCCAGGUUCAUGUACAGGGGACUUUGCUCAAUUCCAGAUAUCCUCUCCUACAAGACUCCUAUCACCCUCCCCGAGGAUGAAGUGGAGGAGAUCCGGGAAGCCUUUAAGGUGUUUGACCGUGAUGGGAAUGGAUUCAUCUCAAAACAGGAGCUGGGAAUGGCCAUGCGGUCUCUUGGUUACAUGCCAAACGAGGUGGAGCUGGAGGUGAUCAUUCAGAGACUGGACAUGGAUGGUGAUGGUCAGGUUGACUUUGAAGAGUUUGUAACACUUCUCGGGCCAAAACUUUCUUCUGCUGGAAUGCCUGACAGGUUCCAUGGAGCUGAAUUUGACUCCAUAUUCUGGAAGUGUGACAUGCAAAAGCUGACUGUGGAUGAGCUGAAGAGACUCCUGUAUGACACCUUCUGUGAUCAUUUGACUAUGAAAGACAUCGAGAACAUUAUCAUGACAGAAGAGACUCACUUAAACAGCCCCGAGUGCCAAGUAGAUAUUGACACGAGCCCCAUGCAACAAGUCAAGCACACUUGUGUGCGCAAGAGCUUGAUUUGUGCCUUUGCCAUCGCAUUUAUCAUCAGCGUCAUGCUCAUCGCAGCCAAUCAGAUGCUUCGAAGGGGGAUGAAGUAAACUGUUUCUAAAACUAUGAAUGACUGACAAAAGGAAAAAAGGUAAAAAUGCAAAAAAGUCAAGUUAUUUCACAGUUUCUAAUGUCAAAGAAACACCAAAGGCUGCAUUCUUAUUUUAUUAUUAUCUCAAGGUAAAGACAGACUGUUCUUAGACAGGCAAAAUAACAGUAGAGCCCAAAACAAUAUAGUUCAAAAGCGUCAUGUAAUUUUUGUGUAGGAAUACAACAGGAACAACAGUGAUUCAUGAUCAUUGUGCUAUAUAGUAUUAUAUGUCUCCAGUCAGUUCAUGUUAAUGAACAGAGGUAAUACAAGUCUAUUAUAAUGUAGCACAUCAUACAUAAAGUAUUAUAUAGUGUGAAUAUAAUCUACCUUAUGUCCAUAUAUAAAUCUCAUGUCAGGGCCUUUUUUUUUUUUUUUAAUAACAUUUAACAUUGACUUAAAUAAUUCUCCAAAUGUAACAAUGUUGUGUCAUCUGAUUAUGUACAUAAGUUACCAUAACUUGUACCGUAGGUACCGUAGACCAUACCAUACACUUUAUGAUCAACAAGUUUACUUUGACCUUUGGGGAUAUUUGUCGAUACAAAAUUAACAGAGGGGGUAAACUAAUUUGUUACACUACGUCACCAUGAGUAGUAAGGCUGAGUAAGAGCAAUUUAAAAAAGUAAUGAAUGUGAAAGGAUGUGAAUGAAAAUGGAGUAUACAUUUGGUGACAAUCCAAAGUGUUAUUAAAUCUAUCUAUUAAUCUGUGCAAUAGUAUAUAUAUAUAUAUAUAUAUAUAUAUAUAUAUAUAUAUAUAUAUAUAUAUAUAUUCCAGUCUUGACUCUCAGGAUUGUUUAUUGACAGAUAUUUUAUUCAUUUGUCUGCUGGUUGUGUUAAAAAAAAAAAAAAAAAACAUUGAGAAAUAUGAUUGAAUAUUACAGGCUAUUCAUAUCAUGUGUCAAGUCAAUGUUUGUGUGUAUGCAUACUGCAAUAUAACUGUUGAGUGUUAACAGGUAAUGAGACAUAUUUGCAUGAAAUCUUUAUUAGCAUUUUGAUAACAUUAAUGUUGUUAAUGAAGAACCAGUCUGAUUUAGUAUUCAGUUAGUAUUAUGAUUAUCAUAAUAUUUUUUUUACAACUUGUGGUUUUCAUUGGUCUGGGUUGUUGUGUCAGAUACUUAAUUUACAUGUCAAGAACUGUCUCCUAUCACUGAACUCUUUUAUGGCUUUCACAGCAUAAUUCAUAGGAAAUAAAGCAGAGAACGUAUGUUUAAGAACAAAAUAGAUGUACUCAAAAUUAUUAUUUCAAAGUUUCAAAACUGUAGCUUUAAGUUUGGUGUGUGCACUAAUGGUAACAAGCAAUAUUUGACUUAUGCAUACUCUGAAAUAAAUGUGCAUCCAGCAUCUAUCUGUAAUUUAUGCAUUUGUCAGCAAUAUCAGUGCCUAAACAGUUAGUUGGAAGACAUUUAUUUGUUCUUGUUAGGUUUGGAGUCCAAACUCUAUAUCUUUUGUGCACUUUCACAAAUGAUAAGAAAAAUAACUGAUGAGAACAACAAGUAUGCUUAUUGCUACUAAGCAUAAAUGUAAUCAGAUCUGCAACUGAAUAAGAUGAUUGUAAUGAUAAUUAUGUAUAAUGAGGGAUAGAGUUAUUGUAUUUACAUACAAUUUAAAGGGAUAGUUCACACAAAAUUAAAAUUUUGACAUCAUGUACUCACACUCAUGUUGUUCUAAACCUGUAUGGCUUUCUUUCUUCCGUGGAACAAAAAGUAGAUGCAAUGCAAAAUAUUAGGGUCUGGCAGCCUCAGUCACUUUUCACUUUCAUUGUACUAUUAAUUAAAAAAGAUGCAAUGAAAGUGAAUGAGACUAUCAUUUAAUUUUUGAGUGAGCUAUUCCUUAAAGACUUUCAGAUUCAUAUUUUGUAACUCUAUAUGUAAGACUAAGAUAAUAUUAUUGAAAUUGUUUCACAAAAAAGGAACAGAUGUGUUACAGAAAAACUGUCAGUACUGAUGAAAACUGUUUCUUUGCAGUUGCAUGUAUUUGUGUAUGUAUUUCUGACAUAUACGUUGUAUUGUGUGAUGUUAAAGCCAGCGUUUGUUCUCAAAAUAUGCAAUCUAUGCUUAUUCGAUGACAGUUUACUGUGAAUUCAAGUAAAAAUUGACAUUUAUACUGAUUUCAGGACAUCAGAAACAUAUCAUUCUUUCAAUUUCCAAAGCUCAAGCAUGUGAUCUUCUGUGUGUUUUGUGAUAACUGUUUUACACUGUUUGGAAUUGUAUUAUUUAAUAUGCCAAUUUUAUUUUUCCUAUCAAAAUAUGAGUAAGACUCUUAAGAUUAUAUGCAAUAUACUUUUUAUUAUGUUUACCAGUAGUAUUUCAAAAUGUAUUUAAUCUAAAUUCAUUUAAUUCCAUGUGGAAAAUGAAGGCAUAUAUACUUAAAUACAUAAUGUCAGUUACAAAUAAAUAAACAAAAUUAUAUGAACUGUGAUGUAACAGUAAUGUAUGCAAAUUAUGUAUGUAACUUUAUAUUACAUCAAUAGACCUGGAAAUCAAUUUGGAAUUGAUGUGCCAAAAUGUGCUGUUACAUGUAAUUGUACCAUGUGAACAACUGAAUUAAAGCAGUGGUGCUUCUUCUUUGCUGUUGCUAAUGUUAUAUAUUUAACUUAUACAACAAGCUUGUAUUUAAAGGGACAGUUCACCCAAAAAUGAAAAUUCUCUUAUCAUUUCCUCACCCUACUACCAGAUGUGUAUGAUUUUCUUUCUUAAGCAGAACACAAAGAUUUUUAGAAGAAUAUCUCAGCUCUGUUGGUCCUCACAUUGCAAGUGAAUGGUGACCAGAACUCAGUAGGUCCAAAAUAAAGGCAGCAUAAAAGUUAUCUAUAUGACUCCAGUGGUUAAAUCCAUAUCUUCAGAAGUGAUCAAUAUUUAAGUCUUUUUUUUUUUUUUUUAACUAUCAAUCUCCACCUUUGACCAGCCUCAACCAGUAAGAGGCUGAUUAUGAAACAGUAUUUUCAGUAAAAAAGGACUUAAAUAUUUAUCUGUUUCUCACCUACACCUAUCACGUGGCUUCAGAAGAUAUGGACUGAAUCACUGGAGUCUUAUGGAUUACUUUCCUGCUGCUUUUGUUCAUUUUGGACCAUAGUCCUGAACACCAUUCACUUGCAUUGUAAUCUUAGUUUAUGUUCUGCAGAAGAAUGAAAGUCAUACACAUCUGGGAUGGCAUGAGGGUGAGUAAAUGAUGAGAGGAUUUACAUUUUUGGGUAAACUUUACCUUUAAAAUACAAAGGAAAGUCAGCAUGUGAGGUUUUAGAAAUAUUACAAAAAACAACACAGUUAUCACUUAAAUAAAAGUAUUCUGAUCUGGCUGACAAUUUCAGUUUUAGUCUUCUAUGCUAUCUAUGAAUGAAGUCAAGUAAUUUUUAUCUGUAUAGCCCUUUGCACAACAGAUGUUGUUUUAAAACCAGAUGUACAGAAAAUUAUGCUAUAACAGAAAAUAAAGCUGUAAUGUCUUAGUCAUCAUUGUGCUGUUUGAUAAAAAUGUGUUUGUAGAUAGUGCCUUAAUAAGUAAAUAAUAUUUGUACUUAGACCCCAGUGAGCAAGCCAAAGGCGACCAUGAUAAGAAAUUU